GUUUGGUGGUGUUAUGUUGCGCAUGCGUUACCCCUAUCUUUUCAUGGCAGCCGUGCGAUAUCAAGAUCUCUCAAGAAAGGCACGGCUGCCUUAGCUGUAGUCAGUCAUUUUGGAUAUUUAAAGACAUGUAUAUAUAUAUAUAUAUAUAAAUAGUCAUACUCUUCACAUUAGAAAAAUAGCCUCUUUCCUGAUUUGCAAACAUGUUUUCGUUUUUCUCUCCUUCCCUUCCACGUAAACAAUCCAGUUUGAUACUUGAUUGUGUAAAAUGCUUAACAUCACUGACGGCUGCUAUAUCUCCACUUCUCUGUCCUUCUCGUUCUCUCUCAGCUGUAUUUAUCUCGGCAUUCAACCUUUCUCACUCUUCCCAACCAGUAUUCUUUAAAUUCCACAUUAAUAUGUAUCUUAUGUCUACCAGUAACUCCGUAUUUUUUCUUUCCCAUCUAUAAACUCUACAAUUCGGACCUAUCAAAAUUAAACCUGGCUUAUCUCCAAUUUCCAAUACUCGAACUCAAACAACAUUUCAAAUUUUAUUUAUUCAAAACUACUGUUGCUAGAUAUUUCUUUUAAACAAGAAUGACUGGUCGACCUAUUGCAUGUCAGGACUAUUCUUCUCCACUACAAAGUAUCCUACGGCUUGUGGCAGGACUGCAAACUGUUCAAACGUUUCGAUAGCUUACUACUUUAGAAAGGCUACCUUUCUCUCAGGACUAUAAGUCAAAAAAUUGAAUGUAUCUACAGUCCAGUGCCCGGCCUGGUGUGAGUAGCUGCAGAUGUAGUUGGUAUGGCCGAGGAUAUUGUCAACUUGAAUGUUGGUGGCACACAUUACUCCACAACGCGCUCGACGCUUUGUCAAUAUGCCGAUUCCAUGCUUGGGACAAUGUUCAGCGGGUCAUACCCAACAACAAUUGACAAAAGUGGAUUUUAUUUCAUUGAUAGGGAUGGAUUCAUGUUCCGUUAUAUCUUGAAUUUUCUUCGGUCUAAGAAGCUUUCCCUUCCAAUGGACUUCAAGGAGUAUGACUUGCUGCUGACUGAGGCAGAUUUCUAUCAAAUCAAACCUUUAAUUCAAGACUUGUGUAAAUUACGAGAUGACCUUGCUGACAAAAGUGGUGGCGUCUUUCUUGAAAUAAUUGAAGUACGAACUGGAUCUACAGCAACUAUGCCCACAAAUAAUUCUCGGGUCAAAACUAUUUUGUCUGGGCGUAAAGAUAUGAUUAUCUCCUUGCCAUCAAAUCUCAUUGGCAAGGAAGCCUUGGAGAAAUUACAGACUAAAAAUGGAUUGGAAUUUGCUGAGAUUGAGCUUAAUGGGAGCAAUAUCCGCCUGCGUCUUGGAGAAUAUCUAAAAAAUUGUGGCUGGGAAAUGGUGGACUCUCAACUAUCUUCUUCAUCAGGCUAUGAUGCUAAAGCCUUAAUAAGUAGUCUAAUUAUAGAGCAGAGCUAUCGGGAUCGGUGGUGUCUGUUCUCUCGACGAAAAUCUCAGGCAUUUUCACAUACUUCAUUGAACUGAAAGAGCUAAAAGAAAGAGUCUUUAAAAUUUCUCCACUUUUAUUUUACCCCUACUUUAUAUAUAUAUAUAU